AUGUCGAGGGCUGCGGAAAGACUUCGGAUAAUGAUCGGUCAUCUUGAUCGGUCCUCCGAGCCUGUCCUCCUUAAGGCAACACCAACGUCUGCUCAAACCGCCACAAUUUACCCUCCCACAUUAAAAUACACCCUCGAUAACAGCUUAUUGAAGCCUGAAGACAGGCUCUUCUACGAGCAAAACGGAUACUUUGUCGUGAAGAAUCUGGUUUCUGAUGACGACAUCGAUUUAUUCAGGAAGGAAUUUGAGCGCAUUUGCCAACGAAAAGUCACCGUUCCCGGUCUGGUGGUGAUGAGAGACGUCGCCAUUGCCAAAUCGGAGUUUGUUCCAGAUCAGAAAGCAGUCACUAAACUUCAAGACUUCCAGGAGGAUCCUGAACUCUUCCGUUAUUGCGCUUUACCACAGAUCUUGAAGUAUGUAGAGUGUUUCACGGGCCCGAACAUCAUGGCAAUGCACACCAUGCUCAUCAACAAGCCUCCCGAUACAGGAAAAAAAACGUCCCGCCAUCCGAUGCAUCAGGACCUGCAUUACUUCCCGUUCCGGCCGGCUGACCGCAUCGUCUGUGCCUGGACGGCCUUGGAACGGGUGAACAGGCAGAAUGGCUGCCUUGUGGUCUUGCCUGGAACUCAUACAGGCACGCUGAAGGAGCAUGACUAUCCAGAAUGGGAGGGUGGCGUAAACAAAAUGUACCACGGCGUGCGUGACUACAACCCAGAACAUCCCAGAGUGCACCUAGAGAUGGAAAAGGGCGACACAGUCUUCUUCCACCCAUUGCUGAUCCACGGUUCUGGAAUGAAUCAGACACAAGGAUUCCGGAAGGCCAUCUCCUGCCAUUAUGCGAGCUCUGACUGCUAUUACAUUGAAGUAAAGGGAACUACGCAGGAAAACAUUGAGAAGGAGGUGAAGGAAAUUGCAUCCAGGAUGUACCCAAAUGCUACAGAGAUAACCUUCCAGGACACAUGGGCUUUUCGAGGCCGACUGGUGCAAGGAGAAAGACGCGGACUUUGA